AUGCCCAAAAGAGACGCCAACGAGGGCUUUGCGAACGGUUCGAAGCGUCCAAGACACAAAUAUGGGAGACAAGAGCUAAGACAAAUCAAAAGGACCACUCGGCGAGAUGCUGACGAGCAAGAAGAGGAGAAUGUUGAACAGUCCGAGCCUGAAGAAGUUGAGAUUGAAGCUCCUUCAAACCAGCCUGACAAGAACGGCGAGAACAGAGAAGCCUACAACGCUCUUCUCACACUUUUGAAGAGCGACCAUCCAGAGAUCAGAAAGAAGGGUCCAAAGGCUUCUCAGAAAGACGACCUGGAGGAUAUCGCAGGGUUCGAUGAGGAAGAGGCCUUGGAGGACGUGCAAGAGGACGCCGACGAGUCAGAAGAAGAAGACUUAGAGGAAGAAGACGAAAAUGAGAACAUUUUGGCAAAAGAUCCUUUUGAGAGUCACUUCAAUUUGGUAUCUGAAGACCUUAUAGAACAGAAGGCCAAAUCGUUUGCAGCCAAGGAGCCCUGGAUUUCCGACAAAUCCAAAGUCGGUGAGACCAUAUACACAGCUAUCCAGCAAACACCACCUGGAGAUGUGCCCUCACUCCCGAGCUUCGACAAACUCAGCCUGCUCGGCCAGUAUCACUGUAUCAAGAGAAGGGUGGGUGAGGCCUACCUCAAGAACUUUUCUGACGAACUCAAACCCUUGGAAAAGGCGUUGGCCGACGAGAUGUUCUCCUACAGAGAUAUUUUGUUCCCAUCAAGAACUUACAAGAACACCUUGUACAAGAGACUCUACGCAUUGCAUAUUUUGAACCAUGUGUUCAAAACCAGAGAUCGAGUCAUGAAGAACAAUGAUAAGCUUAGGCGUUUUCAAGAAGACGUUAAAAGUGGAAAAAUUGACCGCUUCACUGAGGAGCCUGAGUUCCGGGACCAGGGCUUUACAAGACCAAAGGCAUUGAUCCUCUUGCCAACGCGAAAUGCUGCUUAUGAGCUUGUUGAGCUUCUUAUCAAGCUCUCAGGAUGUGACCAGCAAGAAAACAGAAAACGUUUUAAGCAGCAAUUUUACGAAGCUGGCGGACCUUCCGACACAAAGCCGGCAGAUUUCAGAGAGAUGUUCAAGGGUAACUCGAAUGAUUUCUUCAGCAUUGGCUUGAAGCUCACAAGAAAGUCUCUCAAACUCUACUCAUCAUUUUACACUUCCGACGUUUUGAUCGCAUCGCCAAUUGGCCUCUCUAUGAUUCUCGAGGACCCCAAACAGUCCAAAAGACAAUACGACUUUCUUUCAUCCAUUGAGGUUCUUGUUAUAGACCAAGCGAAUCAGAUUGAGAUGCAAAACUGGGAUCACGUCAGCACGGUUCUCAAAUACAUCAACAAAAUUCCAAAGGACUUUCAUGGUGCUGACUUCUCCCGUGUGAGAAUGUGGUCUAUCAAUGACCAACUGCACUUCAUGCGUCAAACAAUGGUAUUCAGUGAAUUUUCAACGCCAACAGUCAACAGUAUCUUCUCCAAAUCACAAAACAUUGCUGGGCGUACGCGGUACAAGCCAGAGAUUACUACUCAAACAUGUAUCAUGAACUCAGUGGGGAUCAAGAUCAAGCAAAUUUUUCAAAGAUUCGAGUCACCCGACCCCAUAUCGAACUACGAAUCUAGAUUCAAGUUUCUCGUCAACUCAGUGUUGCCCUCCAUCUCCAAGCAGACGCUGUAUGAAGAUGGACUCUUGAUCUACAUUCCCUCGUACUUUGAUUACGUGAGAGUCAAGAAUCAUAUUAAACAGCAUACGAAGCUUAAUUUUGGCGCCAUUGACGAGUACCUGUCACAAUCUAGAGUUUCCCGAACUCGUCACGCAUUCCAGACUGGCAAGAUCAAGAUUCUUCUAUAUACUGAGAGAUUGCAUCAUUUCAGGCGGUUUGAGAUCGCUGGUGUCAAGACAGUGUUAAUCUAUGAGUCACCAGCAAACCCGCUUUUCUACAAGGAACUUCUUCGUUUUGUCGCCAAAUCGGUGUAUAAGGAAGAGGCUGACAUUGACCUUUCUUUUGUCAAAACUCUUUUCUCCAAAUGGGACGCUGCUUCUCUCGAGAGGAUUGUGGGCAAUGAGCGGGCGCCAGUCCUCUGCAACUCUGUCAAUGAGACGUAUGAGUUCCGGUGA